CUUUUGGACCAGCCAGGGACGUUUGUCGGGCGGCAGCGCCGGGGAUGCUCUGAGGAGGACGGGUCUGGAGGUGGUUGGGGCCGCUCCAGGCGCCGGGCCGCGUAAUCCCUGCGCUAAGUGCUUGGCUCGCAGUCUGCAGUCACUAGUGGGAGCUGGAGAGGGAGAGUGAGAAAAAUUCCAGCGGCGGCGGCGGAGCGGGAGGAGGGAAAGGAGCUGCGGCCACUGCGACUGCGGCGGCGGCGGCAGAAGUUGCCGGCGUGGUGUGCGGAGUUCGGGCGCGGAGAACUCGAGCCCCGGGCGCGGCGACGGGUUGGAGUUCAAAGUAUUUGUUAGAUGUGAAAGGAAGUGAAGAUCAUUCAAUGCCUUGCUGAUAAAGGAGAAAAUACACCAGUUCAAGCCAAGCAGUUUGCCGCAUUCCUCAGAGAAACAGGAGAAACCUUGGUUCAAACUUCUGCUGAAUCACAACCAUUUGGCACUGAGCUAUGACAAGAGAGGAAACAAAAAGUUAAAGGAGCAGCCGGGUCAUACGUGAAGAGAGAAGUUCAUUGAUAACAUGCUCUUACGAAGCUCAGGAAAAUUAAAUGUGGGCACCAAGAAAGAGGAUGGUGAGAGUACAGCCCCCACGCCUCGCCCCAAGGUCCUUCGUUGUAAAUGCCACCACCACUGUCCAGAAGACUCAGUCAACAAUAUCUGCAGCACAGAUGGAUAUUGCUUUACAAUGAUAGAAGAAGAUGACUCUGGAACGCCUGUGGUCACCUCUGGAUGUCUAGGACUCGAAGGGUCAGAUUUUCAGUGUCGCGACACUCCCAUUCCUCAUCAAAGAAGAUCAAUUGAAUGUUGCACGGAAAGGAAUGAAUGUAAUAAAGACCUACACCCUACUCUGCCUCCUCUGAAGAACAGAGAUUUUGUUGAUGGACCUAUACACCACAAGGCCUUACUUAUAUCUGUGACUGUCUGUAGUUUCCUCUUGGUCCUCAUUAUCUUAUUCUGUUACUUCAGGUAUAAAAGACAAGAAGCCAGACCUCGGUACAGCAUUGGGCUAGAGCAAGAUGAGACUUAUAUUCCUCCUGGAGAGUCCUUGAGAGACUUGAUUGAGCAGUCUCAGAGCUCGGGAAGUGGAUCGGGUCUCCCUCUGCUGGUCCAAAGGACAAUAGCUAAGCAAAUUCAGAUGGUGAAGCAAAUUGGAAAAGGUCGCUACGGGGAAGUGUGGAUGGGAAAGUGGCGUGGAGAAAAGGUGGCUGUGAAAGUGUUCUUCACCACGGAGGAAGCCAGCUGGUUCCGAGAGACAGAGAUCUAUCAGACGGUCCUGAUGAGGCAUGAAAACAUUCUGGGGUUUAUUGCUGCAGAUAUUAAAGGAACUGGGUCCUGGACUCAGUUAUACCUCAUCACAGACUACCAUGAAAAUGGUUCUCUUUAUGACUAUCUGAAGUCCACCACCCUAGACGCAAAGUCCAUGCUGAGGUUAGCCUACUCUUCCGUCAGCGGCCUUUGCCACUUACACACGGAAAUCUUCAGUACUCAAGGCAAACCAGCAAUCGCCCAUAGAGACCUGAAAAGUAAGAACAUCCUGGUGAAGAAAAAUGGGACCUGCUGCAUCGCAGACCUGGGCUUGGCUGUCAAGUUUAUCAGUGAUACAAAUGAGGUUGACAUUCCACCCAACACACGGGUGGGCACCAAGCGCUAUAUGCCUCCAGAAGUGCUGGAUGAAAGCUUGAACAGAAAUCAUUUCCAGUCUUAUAUCAUGGCUGACAUGUACAGUUUUGGACUCAUCCUCUGGGAGAUUGCGAGGAGAUGUGUUUCUGGAGGUAUAGUAGAAGAAUACCAACUUCCCUACCAUGACCUGGUGCCCAGUGACCCUUCUUAUGAGGACAUGAGAGAAAUUGUGUGCAUUAAGAAGCUACGGCCUUCAUUCCCCAAUCGGUGGAGUAGUGAUGAGUGUCUCAGGCAGACGGGGAAACUUAUGACGGAGUGCUGGGCGCACAACCCCGCCUCCAGGCUGACAGCUCUGCGAGUUAAGAAGACGCUUGCCAAAAUGUCAGAGUCCCAGGACAUUAAGCUCUGACGUUGGAUACUUGUGGACCGAGCAGGAGAUUUUCCAGAAUCAUCCGUAGUCCAAGCCUUGAACAUUGUUCUACUGCCCAGUGGGUUCAGACCUCCCUUCUCAGAGAGCAAGUUGGAGAGACACAGAAGGCCCCAGAGACACAGAUGGCUUUCUGAGGAAGGGAAACCAUUCGGGUAACUCGUUCAAGACAUGAUUCAUAUUGCUUUCUAAGAAAGCCCCAUAUUUUGUGAUUGCCAUUUUUUUUAAAGAAAAGAUACUUUAAUUUUACCAUAAUAAAACAAAUAUUGUAGAUGAUUUAAGGUUUAUAAAACUCUAGUUUAAAUAAUAACAUUUCUUUCCAGAAAAUUUCCUAGAAGUCAAAAAUGUUUUCCAUUGGCAAAAUACUCUUGCACUCUACAAACCCAAUCAGUCUGAGGGUAUAAAUUAUAAUUCAAAUUCCCUGCUUCAUUGCCCCAACCACCUCAGACUGGGCUAGCCGUGCUGCGGGCUGCCAGAAUGUACAUGCAUACAAGUCCCACUUGCCUGGGAACACAGCUUGGAAUCCUGCAGGUGGAUCUCUUGCAGCUUCAGCCAGCGUGGAACAAAUAAAGGUUUUCUGUCACUAAUAGAAGUAUGUGUUGGUGGGUGUUCUUCAGAACCCUGCCUGUUUCUGGUUGUAUUGGGCAGAUCUUUCGGGUAGAGCCUCUCCUUGUCAUUAAAAACAAGCCAACCUUCCUCUUUUGCAGAGCACUGGCAUGGGCAUGCUUUUGUUUGCAUCCAUCAGAAGAUCAACUCAAGUGUGGUAGAGACUUAAAACUAGAAAUGCUCACUUGGGAGGCAGAGGCAGGUGGAUCUCUGUGAGUUCGAGGCCAGCCUGGUCUACAAGAGCUAGUUCCAGGACAGGAACCAAAAGCUACGGAGAAACCCUGUCUCGAAAAUCCCCCCGCCCCCCCCCCCCAAAAAAAAGACUAGAAAUGCUUUGCUCUUGUGUUGCAUGAAAGACAUGCCAGCAAGGCAGGGUGGAUGUUGACAGUGUAGACAGACGGCUUGUUCCUUAUACAUGCAUAAGAGCCCGUCAUAGAAACACAGGGAAGAGGUUCACACAUCCUAGUUUGUGUAGAUACAGAUGGUUUUAUUUUGCUGCCUUUUCUAAACCUCAGAUUUAAGAGGCAGAAAGGAAUUGCCUGUGAGGUUAAUGUCACUAAACUUCAAUUUAGAAAUGAGCUUCAGGUGGUGGAUCAGAGGGACAUUAAUGAAGGUCAUCAAAUAUCACUGCCGUUGUGGUUUAUUCUAGAAUAGAUAUGGAUCUGGUAUGGACCUCUUAAGUGAUUAUUUCACACCUUAUGUGUGAAUCCUUCAUUUUAAUGUGAAUUUCACUAUUAACUUAUUCUGUUUAUCCAUCAUGGCAUAUGUACAAAACAUCUUCUGAUUCAAUUCUGUGUGGUUUAACCUUUGACUAUAUGAGCAAAAUCACUGAUAAGCCAAUAUUCCUUAGAAACAGGACCAGAGUAAAGUGGAAUUUGCCACACGACCCUUGCGACUUUAUCCAGUUAUUUCCUUGCUGUGUUUCUUCCUUAAUGAUUAGAAAUUACUGGUUAUUAAGGAAUGUUGAAGUUCUUUGCCUUACAAAAUGACAUUCCUUCAAGAAUACUCCAGGGGGCAGUGUUUUCUUACACAUAUCACCACCAGGUGCUUGAAAGAUGGAGACUUUAGGAAAAAUUGUCAACCGCAUGAGAAAUGAGGAAAUGUUUCACUCUCUUCUGGAGUAGACGCUCAGCCAGUAGGCUGUUCAUCUGGAAACGAUCCUGGAGCUACAGUGUCUUUGAGCAGUACUGGGAGUUUGGGAAAACCGUAGAGGGGUCUCCCCUUCUGUUCUAAUUCACUGCCUGGUGUGCAGAGCCAUGUUUUGUUUUCCACUAAGAAAGUAGAAUUUCUCAGUUCUUGAAUUUGAAAAAAUAAAAACGCGUUGUUAAUUUAAUAGUAAUUAGAUUUUGUUUUCACUGAGGCCAGUAGAAGCUGAGUCUCUGAGGAGUCAUUUCUCUGUUAAACUAUAUCUGCUACAGACAGUUUUCCCCUUACAUUUGUAAAUUUAGUGUGGCAGUCAUCUGAGACUGGGAGAAAGAAACCUAAGUGCCUAGAUAGGUUCAUCUGCAAACACCUAAGUAAGCAUUCUGCUAGUUAACUAGAUAUAUUUGGAUUUUUUUUCUCGGUUUUCCUUGGGUGUAAGUCAAGUUGUGGGGACCUCUUAAGUCAAGCUAUGUUUUCUUAUCAGUAGAUUUUAAAACAUGGAUAUCUUCAAAUCAGAAUGUUUAUGGUGAGGCUAUUGGUGACGUAAAGUUGACUAGAUUUCUUGGGUUCCAGGGAAGAAUGGGGAGAAAUUUAAGAGUGCCCAGAUUUCAUCCUCAGUAUUCAUUUUGUUGCUUUGGGAAAAAUCAACAACUUUCUAAUUAUUACCCUUAUUUAUUCAGGAUGAAAAUCUUGAAAUUAUUGAAUACUUUAAAAGAGCCACUCAGUUAUUACCAAUUUUCAAUGGAAUAAGGAUUUAUAAUUUAUUUAUGGAUAUAGUUUCUGUCUUAUGAAAAUACACUUCCUAGAUCUGAAUUUUGGUUAAGGACUACCUGUUCCCUUCCCAAUAAUCCGUGAUAACUUUUAAACUUCUAGCAUAUCAGAAAUGAAAGUUAUUUUAUCUUUUGCUUUGGCUUCCUGCAAAUCAGUAAUAUAAUUGACUGCUGCUUACCUUUGAGACUCUUUCAAAGAGUAAGAUUUCCUUCUAAUUCCUCACCCCCAAAGGAAUCCUAAAUUAUUGUUAGGUGAGCUUUGUAUGUUCAAGUUUAUGAUUAAUGUAUGUGUGUAUAUAUUAUAUAAAUAUAGAUAUAUAUGUAAAUAUGUUCAUUCUGGAGUCUGGCACAACUCUAGUAUGUGGAUUAGAGAGUAAAAUAUUAUGGAUGAUAAAGUCCUAAAUGAAGCAUAAUAUUUAUUUAUGGAAGCAUGUACAUUGUUAAUCACAAAUGAAGAGCAGUAAGCACUAUAUCUGACCUCUUGGACAGCUUUCCCUGAAGUCACUACUGACCAUUCUUUAUAUUCCUCAAACAGAAAGCUUCUUAGAUGACAUGCUGGGGUUUUAUUUACAGGGAAUUCUUUGACACAUUUCAAUUGGUGUGGACUUAAGGAUAACAUGUACUUAAUAAUGACUUGACUUUAAUGUUCCUAGGGUCAUGCAUAUUCAUCAGGAAUUUUAUAUUGUUCACCUGUUCUCAUACUUUAUUGUGGAUGGAAAGGCAGUGAGAAAAAAUUUUUAAAUUUUUUUUUUUAAAAAAUGUGUUUUGGUGGUUAUACCACCUCUGAAUCCCCCAGUCCCAUAAACAGUGGAAAUGAAAGGGGCAGCACCAAAACUAAUGCAAUCUAACAUUAUAACUAAUUGUUGCACAAACUCAUGCCAUAUUUUUAAAGAGAAAAGGUGGCUGUAUGUGGGGGAUUUUCAUUCUGUCUUUUCCAAAAGUAGACUCAUUUGUGUUCUUUUAGGGGGAACCAGUGCCUUAUGGAAUUUGUAUAUACUGUAAUUAUUCAGGGUUAGGGGACAAACAAUUGUAUUUGUUACAAAUUGUGUGUGACCUGUUUUCAUAUUUCCUUCAAUAAAUGGUGUCAU